AUGUUCCUUAAAUCGUUACUUUUUUCUUCUGCCGCCCUGUGGGCUGGCGCUGCUAACGCAGCUUUCGGUGUUGCCAACAACGGCGAUUCGUACACUAUCGACGCCAAUUCUCCUAAUCCUUUGAGGUUUACUGUGAGCCAGUCAAGCUGUGAUAUCACCUCAAUUUACUACUAUGGGGCAGAGCUUCAAUACAGUGGUAAAGGCAGUCAUAUCGGCUCUGGUCUUGGCUCUGCCUCGGUUUCUGCAGUUCAAGAUGGCGACUAUGUCAAGGUGACUUGCGAGACGAGCACCCUGACGCAGUACUUCGUUGUGCACAACGGUGACCCCAUCAUCCACAUGGCAACCUAUAUCACCGCCGAGCCUGAUAUUGGUGAGCUGCGGUUCAUUGCUCGUCUCAACGCCGACCUCUUGCCCAAUGAGGAACCAUUCGGCGAUGUCUCGACAACAGGGGGUAGCAGCAGCACGGUGGAGGGAUCAGACGUGUUCGUGGUCAACGGAGAGACUCGCAGCAAGUUCUACUCCAGCGAGAGGUUCAUCGACGACCACAGGCACUGUGUUUCCGGAAGCGCACACCGCGUAUGCAUGAUUCUGAACCAGUACGAGACCUCUUCUGGCGGUCCUUUCUUCCGUGACAUCAACACCAACAACGGCGGUGACAUGACCGCUCUUUACUGGUAUAUGAACUCCGGCCACGUCCAAACCGAAUCCUACCGCAUGGGACUCCACGGUCCCUACUCGAUGUACUUCAGCCGAAGCGGUACCCCCGGCACGAACAUUGACACGUCCUUCUUCGCCAACCUCGGGAUCAAGGGAUACGUCGCUGCCAAUGGGAGAGGAACGGUUACCGGAACUGCAUCUGGAGCCGACUCUAGCAUGGACUGGGUUGUGCACUGGUUCAACGACAACGCGCAGUACUGGGCCUACACAAACUCCAACGGCGGCUUCACCUCUCCCGCUAUGAAGCCCGGCACAUACACCAUGAAGUACUACCAGGGAGAGUACGCCGUGGCUGAGACCUCCGUCACCGUCUCCGCCGGAUCUACCACAACCAAGAACAUUUCUGGCUCCGUCAAAACCGGCACAACUAUUUUCAAGAUUGGAGAAUGGGACGGACAACCCACUGGUUUCCGCAACGCAGAGAACCAGCUCCGCAUGCACCCCUCCGACUCCCGCAUGUCAAGCUGGGGUCCCCUAACCUACACCGUCGGGAGCUCCUCCCUCUCCGACUUCCCCAUGGCCGUCUUCAAGAGCGUCAACAACCCCGUCACCAUCAAGUUCACCGCUACCUCCUCGCAGACUGGUGCCGCGACGCUCCGCAUCGGAACGACCCUCUCCUUUGCGGGUGGUCGUCCUCAGGCGACGAUUAACAGCUACACCGGCAGCGCCCCCUCCGCGCCCACAAACCUCAACUCCCGUGGCGUAACCCGUGGCGCCUACCGUGGGUUCGGCGAAGUUUACGACGUUUCUAUCCCGGCUGGAACUAUUGUUGCUGGUCAAAACACGAUCACUAUCAGCGUCAUCUCCGGAAGCUCCGGCGAUACCUUCUUGAGCCCGAACUUCAUCUUCGACUGCGUCGAGCUCUUCCAGUAA